ACUGGAGCCGAAGGUACAGCGCCUCAUUAUCACUGUUUCAUCUCCGACACGUCGCCAAACGGUAAAUACGCGUCACGUCGAGACUUCUGAGCGCGUGGAUCAGUUUGGAUAAAGUAUCUACGACCGGCUCCACCAUCAAACUAAGCAGUAACGUUUGAGACGCAUCAUCUGGCUCCCGACUGCUUUGGUAUUGAAGAUUCUGGGGUGUUCUGAUCCAAAUUGGAUCCCUGAGAGUUGGAGACCCAUUUUUCCGGGUUGCAUAAGACUUGGUAGGCCCGAGAGUCAUGGCCAUCAACACGGAUGUGGAGGACUGGGGCGGCGUGGGCAGCAACGACCCAGGAGAACGAGCGUGGCUCCUGCAGAGCCCCAGCGUGGAUUCCGUCCGGCAACUUGAGGCAGAAAGGAGCCGGGGCGUGUCGUCUUGGGCGGCGGUCUUCAUCGUGGUUAACGCGGCACUGGGAGCGGGUCUGCUCAACUUCCCUGCCGCCUUCAACCUGGCCGGAGGAGUGACUGCAGGAGUCAUGCUUCAAAUGUUCAUGCUGAUCUUCAUAAUCUGUGGACUGGUGAUCCUGGGCUACUGCUCCCAGGUCAGUAAUGAAAGCUCCUAUCAGGAGGUCGUCAGAGCCACUUGUGGGAAAGUAACAGGAAUCGCGUGUGAAGUCGCCAUUGCCGUCUACACCUUCGGGACUUGUAUCGCCUUCUUCAUCGUCAUUGGAGACCAGCUGGAUCGCUUGGUGGCAGCGAUGGCUCAUGACACAGAUGAUACCACUGACCACUGGUACACUGACCGCAAGUUUACCAUCUCUGUUACCGCGGUGCUGUUCGUCCUUCCUCUCUCCAUCCCCAAAGAGAUUGGCUUUCAGAAGUAUGCCAGUGCACUCAGUGUGAUUGGAACCUGGUAUGUGACCAUCGUGGUCAUUAUAAAGUACAUCUUCCCAGAUAAAAAUAUGACUCCGAGUCCCGUUUCUGCCAGUUCUGCCUCCUGGACUGCAGUUUUCAACGCAAUGCCGACCAUUUGCUUUGGCUUCCAGUGCCACGUCAGCUGCGUGCCGGUGUUCAACAGCAUGAGCAGAAAAGCGAUCAAACCGUGGGGCGUCGUAGUAACUUUUAGCAUGAUAAUCUGCCUCUUUGUGUACACAGGAACAGGCAUCUGUGGCUUCCUGACGUUCGGCUCCAAUGUCAAUCAGGACGUGUUGAUGUCGUACCCUUCUGACGAUGUCGCUGUGGCCAUCGCCAGAGCUUUUAUUGUCAUCUGUGUCAUCACCUCCUACCCCAUUUUACACUUCUGUGGCAGGGCAGUUCUAGAAGGACUCUGGCUGCGCUUCCAAGGCGAGCAGGUGGAGGUGUGUGUGCGUCGUGAGCAGAGGAGGCGGAUCCUGCAGACGCUGGUGUGGUUUGUCGUCACGCUCGUCCUCGCUCUCUUCAUCCCAGAUAUUGGUCGGGUGAUCUCUCUGAUUGGAGGAUUGGCAGCUUGCUUUAUCUUCGUCUUCCCAGGUUUGUGUUUGAUGCAAGCCAAGCUGUCAGAGACAGCGAGCCGAACUGCAAGCUGGCAUGGAUCGGUGGUCUUCGGUGUUGUCAUGGUCACGAUGGGCGCAUUCAUCUUUGGCCUCACCACAACUAACUCCAUCUAUCAAGACAUCAUCAGCUAAAAGGAACAGUUCUCAGUCUCGUGCUGAAAUUCUGAACUACUGCAAAAGAUGGAGAAUAAUCUCAUGACACUCAUUCAAAAAGAUCCUCUGCAUCAUGUCACGUUCCUGCUCUAUACCGAGUAAAAGCUCCACAGCUCUUUAUUCAAUCAGGUAGCAGUAAGAGACAGAAUGCCAAAUGACUUCAGACACUUUGAAUUUUAUUUUACGUCAAGUUUUAAUCGCAUGUUGGGCUUUUAUGGAACUCAUUUUUUCUAAGAAACAGUCUCUGGUGGUUUGAGGAGUUUCCCUGGUCUCUGGAACCUGUACAGGCGACAUAUUCCCUUCCUGUUUACAAGAGCUGGAGGACGGCACACAAAGCUCUUACAAUCAAAUGGAUUUUAUUAAUGAAAUUGUAGCAGUUUGUAUAUUUCAACUUACAUGUCAAAGUAAAUGUUUAUUGCAAAUGACAUGUGGUUCCCGGGUCUGAUCCAGGGUCAGACUUUGGUGCCUCUGCUGAUGAUGAUUCAUCUGCAUAUUAAGAAUUUUGCCCAAUGCAAAACUGACACGUCUGCAAACACUAGGACCGUGUUAAAGACACGGUUAGUCUGUUCAAGUCUGGUUUGUUUUUCUAUUUUUAUUUUUUAUUCUUUGAUAGUCAACGGUUUUCUAUGGCCAUGAAUUCAGGAAGGCUUUUGAGCUAGUUUUGUUUUGUUGGUUCCUUAUAGUCUAUAAAAGUGCUACGAUCAUUUUAUACUUGGCUUGUAGGUGAAGUCCUAUUUGUUGUUUUGUAAAAGUACAAAGCGAAAGACAUUUAAGCCUGCUGGCCUUUAAUGCGGUUGGUUACUGCAAUGUACAAAAAGGUAACGUGCCUGCAUGCACCACGAAUACGUCCAAGUGUCAACGGCAGCAGCGCCUCCAUAUUCAGGGUAUGAAAACCUGCACAGUGAGUUGAAUUAGACUGGCAAUGAAUGUAUGCAAACAUGUAUGUGACCUAUACAGAGUUCAGUUUGUGCAAAGCUAACAAAAGAGUUGGACUUGGUGUUCAGGCUGCAGUUUAUUUACUUGAAUCCUUUCACACUACUGCAAACUUUAAGAUCAAAUUAGAGGUUAAAUAUUUAUUUGCGUUUUUUUUAAACUAAAAGGUGUAAGCUUUGUUUUUUUAUGCCACAAUGUUCAAGAUCUUAUCAAACAUGCAAAUAACAAUCAAUUAUUUUGAAUUAGUCUUUCUGCAAAUACAGCUGACACUUUUAAAGGAGGGAAAUGUUUGCAGGGAUGUGAUUAGGACUCAGCUGAAUGGAUUUAAGUCUUGGUUUUAAAUGUAUUUAGAACCACAGCAAGCAGGUAAAUUAAGCAAGCGAUUAAAGGGACAUUAUCUGCAAUCUUUUGAUUAUCGGUUUUAUGAAAUCCAGCAAUGUCGGGUGACCAGGGGCAGUUGAGGUUGAAGGGAUUAAGUCAUAUUGUUAGUUGGACUAGAAACAUUUACCAUAUAUUCUAGAAGCAGAAACUAGGUAAAAGUAACAAGUAAUGCUUGCUGUGAGAAUUAAUAUCUAUAUAUAAAAAUAAGACGUUUCAUUAAAAUGUCUUGUUGGAAUUAGAAUUUUUAUUUUUGGUGCUGCAGACAAGAGUUUAUGUGGUCAUUGGUGAAUGCCGGAUGCAUUUAUGAUUUGUGGUAACAGGUUUCAGACAGAGGUUGUGGAGUUUUUUCAUCAAUGACAUUUAAUUACUGUGAUAAUUAAAAAUCAUGUGUCCCUGUUGUAACAGA